ACGCGUGGUUUUCUCCUGGGUGGUGUGGAAGCUGAUCUCUGCUGUUUCUGCCCCUCCUCCACCUACUCCGGAAUGCAGCCUCUCGUUCAAAUCGGAAUGAUUCAAUUGGAGGUCACUUGAGUAGGAAGCUGGUGUCAUGUGUAUGUAAAAUGAGCUGUCGUUGCCAGCUGUCACCUGGAGAGAGAGGAAAAACUAGGUCUCCUCGGACCCCAGAUACCAACCAGUGACCUGAAGGAUGUUGGAGCAACCAUCAUGGGCCAAGCCCUAUGUAUCUGCUCAAGGGGAACCAUCACCAUCAAUAACAAACGUUACCUUUUAAUUCAUAGACUUGGGGAGGGAGGUUUUAGCUACGUGGACCUAGUAGAAGGGCUGCACGAUGGGCGCUUCUAUGCACUGAAACGCAUCAUAUGCCAUGACAAGGAUGAUCGCCAGGAGGCCAUGCAUGAGGUAGAGAUGCACCUUCUCUUUGAGCAUCCCAACAUCCUGACCCUGUGUGCACAUGCCAUGGUGGAGAGAGGAUCCAAACACGAGGCCUGGCUCCUGUUGCCUUUCCUGAAGAGAGGGACCCUUUGGCAGGAAGUUGAAACUCUGAGAGAUAAAGACGCCUUCAUGCCGGAGGAGAGGAUCCUGGCCAUCCUUCACGGCAUCUGCCGGGGUCUGCAGGCCAUUCAUAACAAGGGCUAUGCACACAGAGACCUGAAGCCUACAAAUGUGCUCCUGGAUGAUGAGGACCAACCGCUGCUGAUGGACCUGGGCUCUAUGAAUCAGGCCCGCAUUGAGGUGCAAAGCUUGCGGGAGGCCAUGACUAUUCAGGACUGGGCUGCCCAACGUUGCACCAUCUCAUACAGAGCCCCCGAGCUGUUCACUGUGGAGCGUGAAUGCGUCAUCGAUGAACGUACUGACAUCUGGUCCUUAGGCUGCGUUCUGUACUGUAUGAUGUUUGGAGAGGGGCCUUACGACAUGAUCUUCCAAAAGGGGGACAGUGUGGCCUUGGCGGUGCAGAACCAACUCAGUGUGCCCCAGAAUACCAGGUACUCGCCUGCUUUGGAACGCCUCCUCUCCUCCAUGAUGGUGGUGAAUCCCCAGGAGCGCCCAUUCAUCACUGACAUCAUAGGCCAGCUUGAAGCGAUACAGCCACCUCCCACCGGGCAGGACAUGACACGCAUCUGAGCCCAGAGUGUGUGGGGUAAGCAUGGAGGCAGCAAAGGAACUGAAGCCCACGUGGGGGACCUCCAGUGGUUCAAAGUUUACAGGAAAGAAUGGACAAGGCUUCAUUGCAUUCCAGUUCCGUGCCUGCCUCCUUCCUUCGGGAACUCUUCCGCAGUGGGGCCAUCGCCUGCCUUGGAACUUGCUUGAAGGUCCUCCUGCCAUUCUCACUGGUGGCCUAGCAUGCACCUUACUGGGCUUCACCUGCGUUGUAGGCCAUGGUCAGCCACCUCCCCAAAGCAGCAGGAUGCUGCUCUUACAAGGGACCAAGAUACCUCAUCACCGGCUGGGAAAGAGAACCCAGCAUUCUGUACUGAAGUACAGCUUCUAGAUGAAUGAUUUAAGAAGCUGGUGUCCUAUUUGUUUUGGUACAGGCAUGUCUUCCGGGCCUGUCAUGUCAAAUAAAGUCUUCAUACUCAGCUGUAUAAA